UGCCCUUUGAAAGUUUGCAGUAGUUCACUCCCUUGCGAGAAGAUACAGACAUUUUUAGAGAGAGAAUUAUACAGUAUAUAUAUAUAGAGAGAGAGAAUGCAUCGAUCAUCACAAGUGUUGAUCGCGCUUUUGUUGACCUCCUUAAUCUUCGAGCUCAGUUCGCGAGUCGAUGCGUUGUACGGACCAUCGUCACCGGUUGUUCAGCUAAACCCCUCGAACUUCAAAUCCAAGGUUCUAAAUUCGAAUGGUGUUGUGCUGGUUGAGUUCUUUGCACCUUGGUGCGGUCACUGUAAAGCUCUGACACCCAUAUGGGAAAAGGCGGCUACUGUCUUGAAAGGUGUUGCCACUGUUGCAGCUCUUGAUGCUGAUGCUCACCAGUCCCUCGCUCAGGAAUAUGGGAUUAGAGGAUUUCCAACAAUAAAGGUGUUUGCUCCUGGGAAACCUCCUGCAGAUUACCAAGGAGCAAGGGAUGUCAAACCCAUAGUAGACUUUUCAAUUCAACAGGUAAGGGCACUUGUGAAUGAAAGGUUAAGUGGAAAAUCAGGAGGAGGAUCAAGUGAGAAAUCUGAACCUAGUGCAUCAGUAGUAUUGGAUUCAAGUAAUUUUGAUGAAUUGGUGCUUAAAAGUAAGGAACUUUGGAUUGUGGAGUUCUUUGCACCCUGGUGUGGACACUGUAAGAAACUUGCUCCUGAGUGGAAGAAGGCUUCUAAAAACUUGAAGGGCAAGGUGAAGCUGGGUCAUGUGGACUGUGAUGCAGAGAAGUCUUUAAUGAGUAGGUUCAAUGUGCAAGGAUUCCCCACAAUCCUGGUAUUUGGUGCCGACAAAGAUAGUCCCUUCCCUUAUGAAGGUGCAAGAUCUGCCUCAGCAAUUGAAUCAUUUGCUCUAGAACAGCUAGAAACAAAUGUUUCACCUCCUGAAGUGACGGAGUUGACUGGCCCAGAUGUCAUGGAAGAUAAGUGUGGUUCAGCUGCCAUUUGUUUUGUUGCCUUCCUUCCUGACAUUUUGGACUCGAAGGCAGAGGGAAGGAACAAGUAUCUAGAGCUGCUGUUAUCGGUGGCAGAGAAGUUUAAAAGGAGUCCAUACAGCUAUGUUUGGGCGGCUGCAGGUAAGCAGUCAGAUCUCGAGAAGCACCUAGGUGUUGGUGGUUAUGGCUACCCAGCUUUGGUGGCCCUGAAUUUGAAGAAAGGAGCAUAUGCGCCACUUCGUAGUGCAUUCGAGCUUCAUCAGAUAACAGAGUUUGUGAAAGAAGCUGGGCGUGGUGGAAAGGGUAAUCUUCCUUUAGACAGCAAACCCGUCAUUGUGACGUCAGAGCCAUGGGAUGGUAAAGAUGGAGAAAUCAUUGAAGAAGAUGAGUUCUCCCUGGAAGAACUUAUGGGAGACGAAACCAAAAGCAAGGAUGAGUUGUAAUCAUCUGAGAGUAAACAUUAGAGGAACAAGAACGAAAUCCCAUCCAGAAAUGAUUUUGAUGUCAUGAGCAAUAUGUCUAUUUCUUUAUUUAGUUGAUUAUGACCAUUGCAUCUUGACCGACUUGAAUGUUACUAUAUUCAGUGAGUUAUUUCUCCAAAUUGAAAAACUGUAUGGUCAGACGAUGAAUGUUAUGAGCACGAUAUGGUUAAGUUCAAAGAAUUUUGGGUUAGGAAAUCGGAUUAUCAAUAAACAAAUGCCAUCUUUCUAUGAUA